ACGUGAAAGCAGGAAAAAGCUUAGAAGACACAAACAUAACGUAUUCAGGCUAUAACAAACAUGUCGUUAACGAAAAAGACAUUGAUCUAUUCGAUAUAAACCAGAUAAACUUAAAGAUGGCAGUCAGAAACCAUUAUGGCCCAAUACCUAGAAAUGUUUAUCUAAAAAGCCCGACACCCUGGGGCGAUUUGUAUAAAGAAUACAACUGGGAACAAGUAUCUAUGUUAUUAAAAGUUAAAUCCGCAAAAAUAAACGAGAGUUCUAUAAAAUCCGUGCUGAUUUUAGCUCAAAAUUUUGAUAAUCCUUCAAAUAAAACUAUCAAAGUCAACGCAGGCAUAACACAAAGUGUUGAGAACACUGUUACGACCAGUUGGUCAAGUACUAAGGAGGUGACGGUGGCUCAAGAGAUAGAGUAUGAUCUGAAUAUUAUUUUUGCUAAGCUAUCUGGUACUACAAGCUUUUCGUAUACUUCUAGUUGGGGUAAAAGUGAGGAGAAGUCUGAAACGAUUACCAUAGGUAAAAUAAAUAAUUUUCUUGCCUACCUAUUACCUAUACCAUAACCACUUGCAUGGUUUAUACACUUUCAGCAUUUUAACUGCUUAUCUUUUUAACCGACUUCCAAAAAGGAGGAGGUUCUACGUUCGGCUGUAUGUAUGUUUUUUUUUUUUUUUUUUUUUUUUUUUUUUUUUUUUUAUGUAUGUCCAGCGAUAAUUCCGUCAUUUGUGGACCGAUUUUGAAAAUUCUUUUGUUGUUUUGAAGGGUUUGAUUCCAGGGUGGUCCCAUUUUUUUCAUGUCAGGAUCUGAUGAUGGCAUCCUGGAGAAAUUGAGAGGAACUUUCGAAAAUCGUAGAGACGGCUAGUGCGUUUGUUAGUGUUUCCAUAAGGUAUUUUAAACCACUACAAUUUUAUGAAGGUCUGGAGUUGGUCUGAUGAUGGAGCUGAUACACAGAAUAUGGAACUCGUCAACGAUUUACAGCAGGCACCUUUUGUUUGGGCUUGAUUUCUUUGUUUUGAUGAGAACUUUCCACCUAGAUAGUUUGUGACUGUAUUAAGGGUCUGAUGAUGAAGACAAAGGACAGUGAAGAGAACUCCUCGACGGUUCACAGUAGCUACCUUGUGUUUGGACUUGAUAAAUUUGUAUUGAUGAGAACUUUCCACCUAGAUGGGUUGUGACUGUAUUAGGGGUCUGGUGAUGAAGACGAAGGAUAGUUAAGGAAACUCCUCGACGGUUCACAGUAGCUACCUUGUGUUUUGACUUGAUAAUUUUGUAUUGAUGAGAACUUUCCACCUGGAUAGGUUGUGACUGUAUUAGAGGUCUGGUGAUGAAGAUGAAGGAGAGUUAAGAGAACUCCUCGACGGUUCACAGUAGCUACCUUGUGUUUGGACUUGAUAAAUUUUACACUGAUGAGAACUUUCCACCCAUAUGGAUUGUGACUGCAUAGGGGGUCUGGUGAUGAAGACGGAGGACAGUCACCUUUCACGUUUUUCUGAAUAUUCAUAUUACGUGUGGAUGAAGGGGGAGUGAAAUUUUGUAUAUGAGUUAAGGUAGUAUUUUUAAAAUUGGGAUAGAAGGACUUAGAUACUUAUCAUAAGAAAAUAACGUUUCAACUAAUUGCUCAUUAAUUUUUGUUCACACUCAGUUAGGUGUGCUAACACUAAAAAUUAAAAAAUAAAAAUUUUAAUAAAAAAAAUUCAACCGACUUCCAACUCAAAAAUUAACCUAAACUAAAAAGCAAAAAAUAACAUCUUACCUAUGUGCUACCUUCUGAUCAGUUUGAAGGCGGUGCCAAUCCAGUGUCGUGUUUUAAUUAAAGCCGUUUCUGAAUGUACC